CGACGAUCCCACACAGACAGAUGGGCGUUAAUCUAUACGUCAACUACUCGGCCGCACGCUGCCCGCCAGGGGGCGAGACAUUCGCCGAGACGUUUAGGAAGCACGGAGCGCCGACGCAGGAGGCGCCACAGGCGUUCCUCGGUGCGGAGAAGCCAGGUCCUCCGCACAACAUGCUGAGUCCUCACCACGGGCCUGACUACGCGCUGGUGAUGCCGCAGCAGCCUUCCACACCUACCGCGGUUGACGACGAUGGCGCCCGCACUGCCGCCGCGCUAUCCCAACCCGCGCAUACGUCACAUGAAACCCAGCGAGGCGCUGUCGCUGCACUACGCUGAGACGGAGCUCUUCCGAGUGCAGAAGAUACAGAGCGCUAGCGGCAGCAACAUAUAUGCGGCACCGCCCGACCUUCUGGCGUCAAGAAACAGCCGAGUGACGGAGUUUCCGAUUGAGGAUCUCGCUUUUUUAGAGAAGCUUGGAGAAGGACAGUUCGGAGAGGUGCACGUCUGCGAGACGGCGGCCAUGUCUGAUCUUGAUUAUUCGCCAGGCCAUACCAGCGACAACGGUAAAUCCCUCGUUGUCAUCAAGAUACUGGGGAGCGACGCCACGCAGGAUGUCCGGCAGGACUUUCUGAAGGAGGCGCGCAUUCUGUCGCGCUUGAAAGACGCGAACAUCGUGCGCGUGCUGGGCGUCUGCUCGCGCGUAGAUCCCGUCUGCAUCGUCAUGGAGUACAUGAAGAACGGAGACCUCAACCAGUUCCUACAGCAGUACGAGUUGGAGGAAUCAUUCUCGAACUCCUCUGGCUCGCUCCCCUGGCUAAAUCAUCUCGCGCCGUCUGGAGAAGCAGGAAAACAGGAAAGCAUGGAUGCAGGAAAGCAGGAAGAGGUAGGGAAGCAGGGAUGCAGGAAAGCAGGAAAGCAGGAAAGCAGGAAAGCAGGAAAGCAGGAAAGCAGGGAAGCAGGGAAGCAGGGAUCCAGGAAAGCAGGAAAGCAGGGGGAAGCAGGAAGCCAACCAGCCACACAGUAG